UAGGGCAUCAUCAUCGUCAUCGCGCACGAUUCUUUCCCUUCAUUUUCUUCCCCAAUACAUGACCGCCCUAUUUGGUCGCUCUAAAGGUUAUAUAUUUUUCUACUAGUUUACAAAGGGGAAGGGAAACAUCGAUCUCUAGUAAGUCCAUAAUCUCUUUGGUGAAUUUUCUUCAUUUUUUACAUUUUAAUACCAGUUGAAACUUUCUAUGAUGGAUACAAGUCAUGGUAAUGAAUUAGAUUAUACGGUAGCUCUCUAUGAAGCCUCACUUGAUGGGUCCGUAAGCACCUUGGACAGUUUGAUGCAAAGGGAUAGGCUCAUUCUUCACAAAAUCUCACUCACAUCCUUCACCGAAACCCCCUUACACAUAGCAGCUUUACUUGGCCACCUCCAAUUUACUAAAGCUCUUCUAAAAAGAAAACCCCAACUUGUGGAAAAGGUGGACUCAUCUGGCCGAACUGCCCUUCACUUGGCUAGUGCAGAGGGCCACACCCAGGUUGUGAAAGCAUUGCUGCAAGCCAAUAUGGAUAUGUGCUUAGUUUCUGAUCAAGAGAAGAGAAUUCCUCUCCACUUAGCCGCAAUGAGAGGACACGUAGAAGUUAUAAAAGAAUUGCUUAUUGCCCAUCCACGCUCAAUCUCUCGGGUGAAUCUGUAUGGAGACAAUGUUUUACAUUUGUGUGUUCGGUAUAAUUGUUUGGAUGCUCUGAAAUUAUUCGUGGAAUACUCCGUAAAUGAUGAAGAUUUCGUCAACUCCAAAGACAAUGAUGGUAACACCAUAUUGCAUUUAGCUGUGAUGCUCUGGCAAACGAAGACCAUAGAAUACUUACUUUCGAUGCCAGAAUUAAAAAGAAAGGCCAAUGCCAAAAAUAGGAUUGGCAACAUGACAGCUUUGGAUGUCUCAGAGACUUGUCAUAGAGAUUUCAAAUAUCUUAAAAUCCAAGACAUUCUGAAGGCAGCUGGUGUUGGAAGAUCCAAGGAUCUAAAUUCUCCUCUACUACCAGCAUUACAUGACGAGGAAGCACAAUCAGCUCAACCCAUUAUUGAAGAACAGCCGGCUCUAUCAAGGUUUAGGAAAUGGUGGAGAUACUUUUAUUUGUGUCGAUGCUUUAAACAUUUGAAGAGUCGGGGCAAUUGGAUCGAUGAGACACGUGGCACAUUGAUGUUGGUGGCCACUGUGAUUGCGACCGUGACUUUCCAAGCUGGGCUCAACCCCCCAGGUGGUGUUUGGCAACAAGAUUCAAACGAUGGUACUGUUAGAGCAGGCACAUCAAUAUUUCAAUCUCAUAUGAACUCCGAUGGUAUUGAUCGGUAUUAUUACGAAUUAUUCUUGUAUUUCAACGCCACCUCUUUUGUUGCAGCUCUAAGCGUUCUACUUGUGGUAAUUAGUGGAUUUCCUCUGAGAAACAAGUUUUUUAUAUGGUUUUUGACCUUGACCAUGAUUAUUGCAAUCGGGGCAAUGGCAUUGUCCUAUUUCAAGGCACUGUAUUUGGUGAACCCGAGAUAUUUGGAAGCAGAUUCUGUACCGCUCAUUUAUGUUGCGGUGUUUCUGGUUUCUGGUGCGAUUCACAUAAUCCGCCUAAUUACCUGGCUAAUUACCUGCAAGCGUCCAGCAAACGAUGCCAUCAAGGUCUAAAAGAAAAUUUGUCAUAGAAGUUGAAAUGAUUUUAGAUCAUGCUGCUGGAUGCAUCAUAUCUUUGUUCUAUACAUAUGCGAAGCAGUUUGCUGCAAGGAAUGGUUGCAUUUACUGUUUGUUAAUUCUGUUGGCUCUACUGAUCUAAUGAGUAUUGGGUCAGAUAUUGUAUGGUACUAUUGUAUGGAUUUCGGUACGUAUUGUCUGUUUCUGCUGGGAAUCAACACUUUUUUAAAAGC